AUGGCGGGUUCGCUGGACAUAGCGAAGACCCUCCUAUUCCCCGCCCUAAUCUCUCUCGCCGUCUACCUCCUCCUCUCCUUCUUAAUAAUCCCCUUCAUCCGCCGCUAUCGACAAAGAUACGCCCAGUACCUGCCCCUCCACACAGUCUCCGCGCACGCUUCCACGCUGCGCGAACGUGCCUCCGACGCACUAAUGCACUUCCUGCUCCCAUCCUCCUGGCGACAGCGGCAUAUAUUUGGCGCACAGGAUGGAGAGGGCAGCGUCUUUGAUGACGAAGAGGGCGAGGAUAUGGUUGGGUUCGAGAUGGAUGCGUCGUCGAGGCGCGAGGCGCUGGAACAACAGCGGAGAAUUGGUAAUAACCAUCAUAGCGGCCGCGGCAGUGUGGAAACGGACCGGCGACUGAGUCGGGAUCUUGAGGAAGGGUUUAUGGACGAUAGUGAUGAGGAGGAGGAGGAGGAGGAGGGAGGGGAUGAAAGGCGGGCUUGA